CUCAUUUAACGUUUCCAUUUCUUUGGAAUUUAUUUAUUUUUUCCAAAUUUUUUUUCGCGGGUGCAAAUCGAAAUCCCAAAUGGCUGCUACCUUCCAUGGAGUUGGAGCUACCGUUGCAGCUUUAUCAUCAUCAUCAUCAUCAUCAUCACCAUCGAAUUCUUUCGGUUCCAAGAAACUCCUUUCUUCUCCUUCUAGAUCCUUCUCCGUGCGGAAACGAGCGAGCUUCACAAUGGUCAGAUCUGAAGGAAGUAUGAACUUCGAUCUUAAUUCCAAAGGUCGAAGAGCUCAACAAUUGAUUGCUAAUGCAGUUGCAACUAAAGCUGAUAGCUCUCCAGCUUCGUCAUCUUCGAAACCAGGGCAUGAGCUUUUACUUUUCGAAGCUCUACGAGAGGGUUUGGAAGAAGAAAUGGAAAGGGAUCCCCGUGUAUGCGUCAUGGGUGAAGAUGUCGGUCACUAUGGAGGCUCAUACAAAGUGACCAAAGGAUUGGCUACCAAGUUUGGGGACCUCAGGGUUCUCGACACCCCUAUUGCAGAGAACUCGUUCACUGGCAUGGGGAUCGGAGCUGCUAUGACUGGUCUAAGACCGGUUGUUGAGGGCAUGAACAUGGGUUUUCUCCUCCUUGCUUUUAAUCAAAUCUCCAACAACUGUGGUAUGCUUCAUUAUACAUCUGGCGGCCAGUUCACCAUACCGAUAGUCAUUCGCGGUCCUGGUGGUGUUGGACGUCAACUAGGGGCCGAGCACUCUCAACGUCUUGAGUCGUAUUUCCAGUCAAUCCCUGGAAUCCAAAUGGUUGCAUGUUCAACCCCUUACAAUGCCAAGGGCUUAAUGAAGGCUGCAAUCAGAAGCGAGAACCCCGUUAUACUUUUCGAGCACGUUUUGUUGUACAACCUCAAGGAGAGAAUUCCAGAUGAGGAUUACAUCUGCAAUCUCGAAGAAGCCGAGAUGGUAAGACCCGGAGAACAUGUUACUAUUCUAACCUAUUCAAGGAUGAGAUAUCACGUGAUGCAGGCAGCGAAAACUUUGGUGAACAAGGGUUAUGAUCCUGAAGUAAUCGACAUUAGGUCUUUGAAACCAUUCGAUCUUUACACCAUCGGGAACUCGGUGAAGAAAACACACCGUGUUCUUAUCGUGGAGGAAUGCAUGCGGACCGGUGGUAUUGGUGCUAGCUUGAUCGCUGCCAUCACUGAGAAUUUCAACGAUUAUUUGGAUGCUCCUAUUAUGUGCUUAUCUUCACAGGACGUGCCUACACCCUACGCCGGAACAUUGGAGGAAUGGACCGUUGUUCAGCCGGCCCAGAUUGUGGCGGCUGUCGAGCAACUCUGUCAGUAGUAGCUGAAACAGUGAUUGCACAGGUGACGUUUCUGUUACCCUUAGACUAGUUCUCAUGCAAACUCUGUUGCCGAUAUAUACUUUCCGGUUCAUUACCAACAUUGUGUCCGUUAAAACUUGAUAAAUAUUUACCGAGUCAAGGCCUGUUGUUUGUUUGAUCUGGUUCUUCCUUGACUGAAAAAGCCAAAAUAGGAUCCUGGUUAAGCAAUAGUUUACAGGUAGAAUACUGAAAAAAAUUAACUCACGGGAUAAAAUGUGUUUUCCAUUUCGUCUAUUUUUUUCCCUUUUGGUAUGAAUAUUUGGAAAAUUGUGGAUGUUAGUAUUUGGGUUGAAAUAUUGUUUUGUCUGAUAUUCAAA